AUGCACAGCUUCUACGGUGUACCGGCGUGGAAACUUGCCCUUUUUGGAUGCGAUUUUGAACUUUUGGGCAUUCUCGCAGACAUUAUUACUCCUUUCGCGGAUGGCGGAGACAUUGAUGUUGCUGCCCUUGACCAGCACGUUAACCGCCUUGUUGACGUCGGGGUCCAUGGACUGGUCCCCGGCGGAAGUACUGGAGAGUUCGCUGCGCUCAUGGUGGAGGAGCGUAGUAUUCUUACCGAAACUUGCAUCAAGUCAGCCGCUGGCCGUAUUCCUGUUGUUGCUGGGACCAGUGACUUAAAGUGCAAGGGCGCUGUCGAGUUGGCUGUCCACGACGCGCAGGCCGGCGCGGCUGCUGUCAUAGUUAUCCCGCCCUAUUACGAAGCUCACAACCUCGAGGAGACACGCGAGCUCCUCCAAGACAUCCAUACCGCAAGUGGACUACCUAUUGUCUACUACAAUAUCCCGAGCAUCCGCGGUUUGACUUUGUCAGCCCAGGAUAUUGCAUCACUUUCGGACGUCGGUGUCAAAUACCUGAAAGACACCUCGGGCAAUGCUCCAGUCUUGACUGACUUGCUCUUGACCUACGGCCAAAAGAUUACGAUCUUCAACGACUUGGACACUCUGACCUUCUAUGGUCUGGCUGCGGGCACGAAGGGUUCCAUCUGGGGUGCCGACUAUUUGAAGAAGGGCCGGGAGGUCUGGGAAAAGAUUUUCCCAAUCUGCAUGGAGCUUCGAGGAUGGAAGACCGGAGGGGUCAGGAAGCCAUUUGCUCCUCUCAAGGAGGGUCCUCAGGCCGAAUUGGCUGCUUUGCUCGAAAGCGCGAGAGUCAAGCGCGAGAGUCAAUGUCAGGCCUCGCCGGUUAAGGGAUAG